UGUUUUUGCCUUACUCAUUAAACGACAAAACCGUACUCUCUUUUCUUCUUUCUUUCUCUCUGUUUCACUACUUUCACUUCCCACUCAACAAAACCAACUUCAACAAAACGGUAACAUCAGCCAUUUUAGGAACACAACAAAGUUUCAGUGAGUUUCAUCUUUUCGAACACAACACCUUCAUACUUGUGGGUCAGGGUGCAUUCAUAUUUCAAGCUGUGAGUUAGGCCCAAAUUAUCAACCCAUUUUCUCUUUACUGGAUUUGAAGGCAAUUAAGCUAUGCAUACCCCAAAGACAAGAAGUAGUACUUCUGAAGUGCCUCAGAAGGUUUCUCCACGUGCCGUGCGCCAACUUAGGACUACUACAACUCUAGACACUAUCUCUGUAUCUUCUUCUUCGACGCAAGCUAGUAAGAUAUCAAAGGAAAGAAGUCCCAAAGUCGCUGAUCGAAAAUCACCCAGAAGCCCAGUUCCUGAGAGGAAGCGCCCGAGCAAAAUAUCUGAAUUGGAAUCUCAAAUUUCUCAACUUAAAGGAGAUUUGAAUAAGGUUAAGGACCAGCUUAUUUUGUCUGAAUCAUGCAAGAAGCAAGCUCAGCAAGAUGCCGAGGAAUCCAAGGAGCAACUCUCAAUCCUAUCCGCAAAACUCGAAGAGUCUCAAAAGCAAUAUCUAGAGCUCUGUGCUACCGGAGAAGCUCGUGAUAUUGAGCUCCAGAGAAUCACAGAAGAACGCGAUAGGGCAUGGCAAUCCGAGCUCGAGGCCUCCCAAAAGCAUCUCUCAGUUGACUCAACUGCUUUGGCUUCUGCAGUUAAUGAAAUUCAGCUGCUAAAGGCGCAGCUUGAAUUGGUAGCUAAUUAUGAGAGUGUUCAAACUCAACAUGCAGAAUCAGCCGAUAAAGAGCUACUGAAUCUGAAACAAAACUUAUCAGAAUCUCUUUCUCUGAUGGAGAACAUGAAAAACCAACUGAAGAAUUGCAAAGAGUCUGAAUCUCAGACACAAGAUGUUGUCGAUGAAACUUUGUUGCAACUCGAGUCUGCGAAAAGAACUGUCGAGAUUUUAAGGGAUGAUGUCACAAAAGACAUAGCUGGCUACAACUCCGUUUCUUCGGAGUUAGAACAGUCUAGAGCUAGGGUGAACACACUAGCGACACUUGUUAGCAAACUUAAGACACGCGUCAACGAUAAUGAAAGGAUUCAUUCUGAUCAAUAUCUUGUAGAUGAUCGUAAAUUUGAGAAGGAACGUGAAAUAUUGAAAGAUGGAGAGGAUCCUAAUCAGAUUGAAGAAGAGAUUUGUUCUUUGAAGUCCGAGGUUGGAAGGUUGACAUCUGCUUUAGAGAUCUCCGAGGCAAAAUAUCAAGAAGAACAGAUUCAAAGCACGGUGCAGAUAAAGAAUGCGUACGAGUUGAUGGAGCAGAUAAAAUCUGAAUCAGGUCAGAAACAAUGUGAGUUGGAGGCUGAAUUACAAAGAAAGAAAACUGAUAUUGAAGAGUUGAAGGCUAAUCUAAUGGACAAAGAAACCGAGUUGCAAGGUAUCAUGGAAGAGAACGAUAAUUUGAAUUCGAAGCUUGAAAAGAGCAUGUCAUCACAAAAUGAACAUGGAAUUAAUAAGGAACUUAAAAGAUUGGAACAAUGUGUGGAUGAAUUAAAAGCUGAUAUGAUGGACAAAGAAACAACAUUGCAAAGCAUAUCUGAAGAAAACGAGACGCUGAAGUUGGAAAUCAGCAAGAGUUGCUCGGACGGUGGCAAAGCGAGUGAGGAAAUGGAGAGAGCUAAGGCUGCAGAGCACGAGGCAGUUACGAAACUCGGGAUAGUGAUGGAGGAAGCAGACAGAAGCAACCGUAAAGCGGCAAGGGUGACGGAGCAGUUGGAAGCAGCACAAGCAGCGAGUUCAGAAAUGGAAGGCGAACUUAGAAGGCUUAAGGUACAAUCUGAUCAAUGGAGGAAGGCUGCAGAAGCAGCUGCUGCUAUGCUUUCGGCCGGGAACAACGGGAAGCUUACCGAGAGAUCCGUGUCUUUGGACAAUAAUAAUAACUAUAAGUGCUCAUCACCUUAUGCUGAAGAUAUUGAUGAUGAUUUCCAAAGAAAGAAAAAUGGUAACAUGCUGAAGAAGAUUGGAGUAUUAUGGAAGAAGCCUCAAAAAUAGUGACUGAUUGAUAGUGAUAUCUAUAUAUAUGGUGUUGUACUAAUUUUGUGUUAUGCUGUUUAUGUCAUAGUUUAUGUCUUUUGGUAUUUUGUACACUCAACUCUGCAUUGCAUUGUAAAUUCUGUCUGUGUCAGAAACUGUUUGUUAUCUUUUUACUUGGAAAAUUUACAUUUAGCUGUUGAA